GUGGCUUGAAAGCUGAAGGCUGGAACCGCCUCCGUUGCGUCAGGCAAGUGGGGAGUUAACCAUGCACGGUAAUGGGAGCAAUGGGAGUCUGUUAUACUGGAAGAGUCUUUAAAUGUGCAUGACAGGUUUGGGCGCGGUUCAGCAGGGCAUGUGAAUGUCUGGCGGAAGCGCUGCCUAACUAGCACGGCAUCGUACAUAUGCCGUUACUUGGGCUUCGUACAAGCAACCAACCGUUGCCAAAUGGUAUCUAGCGAAGUUUAGUGUUUAUUUAUGACCGCGGUAUUUGCUACUGACGUGUACCCUGUUACUAAAGGUUGGAGUCAGUCUACGCCGAGCCGAGUACGUCCAACUCUAUACCUUGAAUGGGCGUGCUGCUGUGCCUGAGAUGGCCCAAACAAUUUGAUGUAUAGCAUUCUACUUCCUGAAAUACUGUGACUGUGGUUAAGCCCUUGAAAUACUUAGCGUAAUGGCGACACAGUUGAUGCUGCUUAGUGCUGUUGCAGUUCUACUAUGCCUGACGCCUAUCCUUCAAGGGCCAGACGCGAAGUCCACUGUAUCGAUGAGCAUGGAUGCCAGCGGCCAUGAUCACCACCAGCAUCAAGUUGCAGAUGCUAAACAACACGCAAUGCCGAUGCAAAUGGUCUUUGAAUUCGGCUGCCAGACUACGCUAUGGUUCUCUUGCUUAAAAACCAACACUUACAUAUCGUAUAUCGCAGUCCUAAUCGGGCUGUCACUGCUCGCAUUUGUACAUGAAGGCCUGACAGCCUAUCGCCGGAAGCUAGUAGCUUCUCUGGCCCCGUACGAUGAAGCGGAGCCUGUGCGCUCGUCAAAGGUGCUGCCCAUCUCCUCCUCCUCCGCCUCCUCCGCUGCGCUCACCGCACGUGUGCAUCUCUCCGCGCUUCAUGCGCUCAGUCUGGGUCUGGGCUUCCUGCUGAUGCUGGCCGUCAUGAGCAUGAACGCCGGGGUGCUGGCGGCGGUGCUGGCGGGCUAUGCGGC